AUGAUCCGGCUUCAGAUUCCUGCGGGAGCACUGGUGGAGCUGAGUUCCGUAUAUGCACAGGAUGGCCCCCCGGGCGAGCGCCCCGAGCACCACCUGGGUCGCGUCAUGGCGCUGGGCCCCGGCAGCGCUGCCGCCCCCGACACGGCCUACAUGCAACCCCUCCUGGCCCACAAUCUGGGUGCAGCACUGGACACGAGCCUCCUCCUGUGCCCCUCAGGCGCCCGCCCCAACGUGCGUAUUGCCCGGUCGCCGCUGGACGCGGUGCCGGCUGCGGCCUCCGUCUCGCUCGCCCCCGUGGCCGUCCCGGCCUCCGACGUGCUGACGCUGCACGGGGAGCGGCCGGGGGAGGAGGGCGGGGCGCCCGACGACGGCGCCGACGACGACGGCGCCGAUGUCGUGGCCCUGCUGCAGGCCCACUUCCUGGCGGCCCCCCGCGUCGUGGCACGCGGCGACCUGCUGGCCCUGCCGCGAGCCCGCGCCCCGGAGCCCGGGCUGCUGCUGGACGCGCUGCACGGGCGGGCCGCGGUGCCGGGUGAGGAGGGGAGGCCCCGGGCCGGUGGCGCACCCAUCCUGCUCCGGGUGACGGCUGUGCAGCCAGGCCCCGGCCCAGCGCUCUUCGUCCCCGGCACCACCGAGUCUGUCCUGGAGGGGAGCGCCAGGUCCUCCGCGCCCCCCAGCGUGCUGGGGUUUCCCAGGUUGCAGGAGGGCGCCCCCCUGGCCCCCGCCGCGGCCGAGCUGGCGCGGCUGCUGGCCGGCGUGGCGCACCCGGGGUCCAGGCGCACGCCGCUGCGCCUGGCGGCGCUGCUGCACGGCCCGCCCGGCGCCGGUCGGCGCAGCGCGUGCCUCCGCGCGGCCGCCGCGGCGGGGUUCCAUGCCCUCCAGGUCAGCGCGCACAGCAUCCGCUCCCCCGACAUCCCCGAGGACAAGGCGCUGGAGGCGCUGCGCUCCGCCUUCACCAUGGCCACUGCCUUUGCGCCCGUGCUGCUGCUGCUGCGGGACCACGUGGGCCAGCACACCGCGGGGCUGACGCAGCGGGAGCUACGCGCCGUGGCUGCCGGCGCGGCCGUCGACGCCCUGGCCGACCGCCUGCCCGUGCAGGCCGUCCUGAAUGGGCGCACGACGACCUCGGCGAAGGGAGUUGGUGUGGCGAGCACAACUGCAGAACAGCCCCAGCUUGCCGGGGCCGAGGCCCGCGGCGACAAUCAGUCCCUGGACAUCACGCGAGAGGCGCUGCAGCGCGCCGUCGAGCGGGUCCGGACCAUGGCUGCCUCGGAUGUAGGGGCGCCUAAGAUCCCCUCGGUGAAGUGGGAGGAUGUGGGGGGCCUGGAGGACGUGAAGAGAGCCAUCCUGGACACAGGCACGGGCAAGACUCUGCUGGCCAAGGCUGUGGCAACAGAGUGCUCCAUCAAUUUUCUCUCUGUCAAGGGCCCAGAGCUGGUCAACAUGUAUGUCGGAGAGAGCGAGCGUCAAGUCCGACAGGGAGGUUCAGGAGAGGGUGAUAUCUUCCUGAUAGGAGCAACAAAUCGCCCCGACCUCUUGGAUGCUGCGCUGCUGCGACCAGGGAGACUGGACAAACUCCUCUAUGUUGGCAUUGCUCCUGAGCCGUCUUCCAAGCAAAAGGUGCUGGAAGCCCUCUCCAGAAAAUUCACGAUGGAUGCAGACGUGGACCUUGCAGCUGUCGCUGAGGCCUGCCCCCCGCAGUUCACGGGCGCUGACAUGUAUGCGCUGUGCUCGGAUGCGUGGAUGACAGCGUUCAAGCAGCACAUCUCUCAGCUUGGAGGCUUGCCGGCUGGUGGGAAUGGCAAUGCGUCGGCCAUCAUGGUCCGACAGGCAGACUUCCUGCAGGCAGCCACCACGCUCCAGCCCAGUUUGGGCGAGGAUGAGAUUGCCAAGUAUGAAGCUCUCAGAGACCAGUACGAAGGCGGAGCUGCUCGGCACUGA